UGGGCGGGCGAGUAUAUUCGAGCAGUCGAACUGCUAUAAAAAGGCUUGCGACUCGACUGUGCCUGCACAGUUGUCCUCUUUAAUUUGUGGGUGCGCGCGCGUUUCACUGUUCGCCAAAUAGCUGCGACGAGCCGUUUGGAACAGUCCAGUCCCAAACAAAAAGGAGAAAUUUUGAAAUUUUAAAAUGUACGCGCUGCGUUUGCUGUUGUUGUUGGGCAUUUGCAGGCAACUCCUUGCUCUGCCCACGCACACCGACUUGGAGCUGAACACCUGUGAGCUGCAAUUGGCCAAAUAUCGCAAAUUCAUACUACAGGCCAUACUCAGUUUCGAGGAUGUGUGCGAUGCAUACAAUGCGCGGCCAUCGAACGCCGAGGAGGCCACACUUUCGGAUGCUCUGCUCUUCCACAACUACCAGCCGCCGGCUCAGUCGCAGCGCACCGAAAUCUGGGCCUUCUUCAAGCUGCUAAUGGCGCAAUUCAAUGAUCUGGACUUUGCCAACAUUAUACGCGAGGCGGUCAUUGAGCGCUGUCGCAUCAAGUCCCAGCUGCAGCGCGACGAGAAACGCAAUUCCGUGGUGCUGGGCAAGAAGCAGCGUUUCCACUCUUGGGGCGGCAAACGUUCGCAGGGCGGCAGCAGCGGCGGUGGCGGCGUCCUGGACUUGAAUGCUCUCAAUGCCGCUGGAGGAACGGCGGCCGUGUCGCCAUCGGGAGUUUUGUUGCUAACUCCGCCAGAAGCGUCGGGUGUGGAGCACAAUUACUACUAGAGAGAUGGAAGAGCGUGAAACUCUUUCCAAAAAUGUAUGAAAUGCCAAAACAUAAUCUACCACAAUCAAUAAACAAACUAAAAUUACACUUAAAUGUCUAAAAUAAAGUGCAAUGCAACAAGAAUGUGGCGCCCAGUUUAAA